UUCACUCUCCCUCUCUCCUCUCCUCUCCACUCUCCCUCUUUAUUUUCUCUUAUCUCUCUCUCUCUCUCUUUCUUUGUACGGUCACCUUCAUUCAUGUGGAGUUCUCAGCUGGUUUUAGUGAGUGAGUGAGUUACUGGUUUCUGAUUAUUGUGAUUGUUUGUUUUUGUGUUGCUUCUUAUGGCGAUUGAAGAGGACGUCGAGAGUUGUGGAAGUAGAGCCGCGGAGUCGCAGUCGCUACCGAAUUCGAGACUCCAUAGACAUAAAUUUGAGGUCUAUGGUGAGGUGCUUCGUCGCCUUCAAGAUUUGAAUUUCGAAGAAGCAAAUAGAACUGACUUUGAUAAUGAACUCUGGGUUCAUUUUAACCGUCUACCUGCUCGUUAUGCUUUGGAUGUGAACGUGGAUAGAGCUGAAGAUGUCUUGACCCAUAAGAGAUUACUGCAUUUGGCGAAAGAUCCCGCUAAUCGGCCUGUUUUUGAAGUUCGUGUUGUGCAGGUUUAUCCUACCAGUAGUGUGUAUUCUGUUGAUUCAGAUAGUUCAAUGAAUGAAGAUGUACAAAGUUCUUACUAUCUGAGCAAACAGGGGGUCCAUCCGCCUCCCACAUUUAGUUCAUCACCUAAUUUUGAAGCACUUGCACUGUGUGACAAUAAAGAUAUGAUGGAAGAAGAAGAUAGUACUGAAAGUUUGUCAUCAUGCUGUACCAAGCCUAUGCACGAAAUCACUUUUUCAACAGUCGACAAGCCAAAACUCCUUACUCAGUUGACUUCCUUACUUAGUGAGAUUGGACUGAACAUUCAAGAAGCUCAUGCUUUUUCCACUGUUGAUGGGUUCUCACUAGAUGUCUUUGUUGUUGAUGGCUGGCCUCUUGAGGAUACUGCAGAGCUCAAAUGUGCGCUGGAAAAGGAAGUCAUAAAAUCCAGGGACCAUUCCUUUUUCAGGCAACAUUCAGUUUCGGCUGUCAAUAUGCAUAACCCAGUAGUUACUGAAUCCUUUCCUAAUUGCGUAGAAAUACCUACCGAUGGGACUGAUGUCUGGGAAAUUGUUCCAAGGCAGCUGGCAGUUGAAAUGAAAGUUUCAUCUGGGGCGUAUGGUGAUCUUUACAAAGGCACAUACUGUAGUCAGGAAGUGGCUAUCAAAGUCCUAAAGCGUGAGCAUGUGGAUACUGAUAUGUUAAAAGAGUUUUCACAGGAAGUUUACAUAAUGAGGAAGAUUCGUCAUAAGAAUGUUGUGCAAUUCAUUGGUGCAUGCACUAGACCUCCAAAUUUGUGCAUUGUGACGGAGUUCAUGGCUAGAGGAAGCAUACAUGACUUUCUGCAUACACAGAAGGGUGUGUUUGACCUUCCGUCUCUGCUUAAAGUAGCAAUUGAUGUUUCCAAGGGAAUGAACUAUUUGCACCAAAAUAAUAUAAUCCACAGGGACCUGAAAACUGCCAAUCUUCUGAUGGAUGAAAAUGAAGUUGUGAAGGUUGCAGAUUUUGGGGUUGCCAGAGUGCAGGCUCAAUCUGGUGUGAUGACAGCUGAAACUGGAACAUACCGCUGGAUGGCUCCUGAGGUGAUUGGACACAAACCAUAUGAUCACAAGGCAGAUGUUUUCAGUUUUGGGAUUGUAUUAUGGGAGCUUAUAUCAGCAGAAAUCCCUUACUCUGGCUUUUCCCCAUUACAAGCAGCAGUUGCUGUGGUGCAAAAGGGUCUAAGGCCUUCAAUCCCCAAGCACAGUCACCCAAAACUUACAGAGCUGAUACAGAGAUGCUGGCAUUCUGAUCCAAUUCAACGACCAAAUUUCUCAGAAAUUACUGAUAUCCUUCAGCAGUUAAUAAAGGAGGUUGCAAGGGAGAGGGAAGAUAACGGCAGCAAUAGAUCAACUGGUGGCUUAUUUUAAGCACACGGGAGGGGUCAUCACUAAAGUUGGGAGGAGUGAGAAAGCUGUCUAUAAUAUAUAUACGUAUGAUCUGAUCAUCCUGGACAAUUGUACUUGCUCUUUUAUAUGUAUACUCAAAUACUCAACCUAGUUUCAGCCUGUCUUUAGAUUCUGUUUUUCA